AUGUCACUUGUUUCAGCUGCAGUUGAUAAGGGUAAUGCAGGUGUUGGAGGAGGGUCCCGAAGAUCUGUAUAUCAGAAGGAUGGAAAGCCGCUCUCCAAAGAGGCGUUAUACCGAUCGAAAUUAAAGUAUGGGGUGUUUCAGUCACCUGCGAGGGGUAGUAAAAUUGGUGUUAGUGACUCUAAAGUUGCAUCGGAUGCAGCGGCGCACAGAGCCAGUUCGAAUAAGACGUCUAUUGAGUCUUACAAGCGGUUAUCUGUUGAUGAAAAUGCGUCGAAAGCGGCUACGAAGGCCAAUUUGCAGUCACAGGAGCGGCCUCAGACGUCAAGUAUUACGUCUAGUGUGACUGGUUCAUCUGAGGCUUCAGUCGGUUCUGCGAGGGCAGCUUCGAGAAAGAGACAGGCUGUUUCAGGGGGUCCCAAAGAGGGAGCGAAUCCCAGAUUGGGUAAUAUGGAUAUUACUAAAGUUUUGGAGGGUGCUGAAAGGGCAGCGAAUAAGAGGAUUGUGGACCGAAUCAAUCCUGUGAGGCAGAAUUAUACGUAUGGGUUGAUAACAGGGGACAAAGGUAGAACUGGGGAGACUAAUUAUUCUUUGACUUCUAGUGUGGUUGAACAGUUGAAGACCAAGGGAGAAUAUGUUACAGAAGCGGAGAACGAAGCUGAUCCGAACCACAUAGCUAGCCAUGCUUCUAAUGCUGCCUUGUCUCAUGAUCCUACAGAAUCUAUGGACAGGGAAGCCAUCGAGCGCCAAGCUAGGAACUCUGAGUAUUUUAAACAAUUGAGUUCUCGGCAAGUAUUGGAUCUAGCUCGUGCUAGGGCAGACCUUAAACUGAAGCAAAUCGAUAAGGAGACCAAAGACAAGUUGAUAUUCAGCAACGAGGAAUAUAACAAAGUUGCUGUGGAAAUUGCGAAGAAGCACCAUGAAGAACGGCAGCGUUUGACUGGCGGGAAGGUCAACUUGGGUGGAGGUUUGUGGUUAGCUCCUGAGGAGGUUGAACACAUUGCUCAAGGAUUCAUCACUCCUGUUCUGGCUGAUGUGGACAAACGUGCUGUCCAACAGCGUGCGGUUGAUGCUGACAUCCAACGCAGGACUAUGGAUCAUGAGCAGAAGUACGCUGAAUGGAAGGCUCUACAAAAGCAGAAACAUGACAACGAUGUUCUGGCACAGAGAGAGGCUAGGGAGAGACAUGAGCAGGAGCUGGGUUCUGUUCAUGAAGUUUUUGAAGACAAACUAUACAACUUGGUGAAGGAGAAGAAAAAUCUCAUCAACGAGAAAGAGGAAGAGCUUGUGAAAGUUCAGGAGUCUUACGCCAAAUUGAAAGCAGAGCUGGAUGAUGUCUUGGCACAAGAAGCUACUCGUGUUGAAAAGGUUUUUACGGAGCGCCAAACAGAGCUUGAGGAGGAUAUAGCUACCAUUAAAAAGGAAAACUUGGAAGCUAUCCAACCCUUGGAUAGUGAAUUGGAAACUAAAAGGAUUGAGAGUGAUAAGCUGGUAGCUGAACACGAUCAGGUGAAAGAUACAGUUGAUGGUUUAUCAGCAGAUGUCGAGACUUACAAAGCCAAGAUUGCGGAGUUGAACCAACAACUUCUAUCUGUUAGUGCGACUUUGCAAGAGCAGCAAGAAGGCUUGCGUGCUUUGCAUGCUUCAAAGGAUGAGUUAGAGGCACAGAUUGACAACAAUUUGGUGGCUGCUUCCCAGGCAUCUGAACGCGCUGAGUUAUCUCGUAAAGAUGUAGAUUUAAAAAGAAAAGAGGUAGAUUCUGUCCUCAGUGAAUAUCAAGCUAAGCUGGAAAGGGCGCAGGAUAAAUUAAGUAAAGAGCGCUCAGCGUUACUGCAAACAUCUUUAAAGGUCUCUCAGUUAAAGGGUAUGCCUUCUAUCAAUGAAAGUAAAGCUAGAUCUCUAAUUGGAAUUACUUCCGAUGAAUACCUCUCCAAGUUUGCCAACAAGAAAACGAAACAGCCCAAGAAACUUACCAAACAUGACGAUGAUUCAGUUGAAUAUAUUAUUGCAGUAACUGAUACAUCUCCAGCAACCUUUACAAACAAGAAGCGUGGCAUAUUUCCUAAUAUGAAAUCGCGGGGAAGUACUUCAGCUGCCACUGGGCAGCCUUCUGCAAAGCAAAGGAAGAUUCAUCCAUCAGCGGCUUAUAUUUCCAAUUCACCAAAGAAAGAUUCUGCUCUUGGAAGAUUCCUGCAGAAGAUAAUUCCUUCCAAGAAAAACGGUUCCAAGAAGACCAAUACCAAUAAAAAGACCCCUGUAGCAAGAAGUUCUACUGUCCCAGUUGCUAGGAAAUUUGAACACCAGAAAAAGCCUGUGUACACUGAUUCCAGCCAAGAUGUUUUAGGGCCUGGAAGACGUGACCAUGCAAAAGCAACCGAUGAAGAAGUUGAUGCUGAUGAUGUGCGAGAGCUUCUUGAGUUAGAGCGGUCUAACGACUCGAAGGACAGAAGAGAAAGUCUUUUCAAAGAAGUUUUCUAG